GUGAGUGAAAGCACUCCUGCCAUCCCACCGAUGAUGACAAGCAUGGGGACGACCUUUGCCCCAAUCACCACUGUAGGAUCGAUUGGCAUGAUCCCGAUCAUGUCAACCCCUACUCCUACGCCAACAACAACAAUGUUCCCAGGCUCGAUAACAACGCCUGGUGGAGCAUUCACACCAUAUCCGUCAGCUUGGGCUCAGUUUACUGUUGACCCGGCAAAUGCGCAGGCUCUACAGGGCUAUCAUCAGGUGAUGACCAUGAUCCAACAGGCAGGGGGCUUCAUGUCAUUUGCCUAUCCUAGUAUGACUCCACCAAUCAUGCCGCCUCUGGUGUCGACCCCGUCGACAUUUGUCCCUAGGAUGGUCCCUAUACGCCCGGUGAAUUUGACGGGGACCAUGAAUGAAGCAGCACCUUCAAAUGUCCACGAGGUCGAUGAGGCGGAGCAAGAGGCAGCCCGCAGGAGGAAGGGUAAGGCUAUAGCCAAACCCAGCAAGACCCGAGAUUCGGCGUUAAAACGCCUAGGAGACAAAGAGGAUGGGCCCCGCAAGUCUUCCAAGCUACGUCUUGGUCCUGAGAUGGGCCGGACUAGCGGGAUAGAAAGACUUGGUGGGAAUCGUCCUACCCAAUCACGGUAUUCUAGGGAAUCUGAGACGAUUUACCUGGACGAGGAAGAAGCUGAAAGCCAGCCCAGGGCAUCGGCGUAUACCAGGCUCUCAUACGAUGAGGAUGAUCUGGACAAGAUAGGGAGCGUGGCAAGAAAGCUACGUGCCCUGGAGGAAAAAGUGGAAGAGAAGGCGGGAACAAAGAAGUAUACCCUGGCCAAAUCUCCCUUUUCAGCCAGGGUACAUGCGCAAAAACUGAGGCGGAAGAUCAAGCUGGACGUGGAGAAGUUCACUGGAAAGGAGGAUCCGAAUGUCCACCUUGAUACCUUCCACAAUGCAGCACAGAUGGCCGGGUCUGAUGAACUCCAAAGUGCCAGGUCUGAUGAACUCCAAAGUGCCAGGUCUGAUGAACUCCAAACGACCAACCGAACCAGCGGCCAGCGUCUUCCUCAACGAUUUUCCGUUUCCGGAUCCAACGACGAGCAGGCAGCGACCACCGACCAGCGUCUUCCUCAGCGAGUCUGCGGCUUCAGCUCACCGCCUCAUCUUCUACAUUCUUCAGCGCAUCACCUCAAUCCUUUGCACCAUCAUCUACUCUCUUCUCUGAUUUUAGGGCCUUGUUUCCUCCGUAGUCUCUGUACAGGCUCCGGAACCAUGAGCAGCUCCACCCUCUUUCCCGAACAGAACCAUUUAGCGGCUCCCCUCACCUCCCAGACGACCUGGACAAUGAUAAUGUUGGAGGAAUCAUCAGUUGAUGAAUGUGUGGUUACAGAAAUCUUGAUAAGACUCGGCAGCGGCAAAAGUGUAACACAAUGCAGACUUGUUUGCAAAGGAUGGAACUCUCUCAUCUCUACUCCAUAUUUCACCCAUCGCUACAACACCUUUCAGAAGCACCGCCGCCCCAACCCCCCCUCCUCCUGCAUCCAUGCCUUCACUCUUGUUUGCCAGUUUGGCGAACCUGAGAGAACCCCAUGCCCCAUCUUCACCCUUUCCUCCAAAACCACCACGACUCCCGAUGAUAAUGAUACUACUAGUCCCACGAUUACAACUACUGUGGAUGACAUCACUCAUAGCCUCCAGAGUUCGGUUGCCGAUCCUGGUCCAAAGCGAGUCAAAACGUCGUGUCGUGACUUGCUUUUGCUAUGCAAUUACUUUGGUCGCUGUGGUGGCACCCAGUAUUAUGUAGUGAACAUGCUUACCCUGGAGUGGAAGAAACUCCCCCUUGAACCAGAACCAUCAUAUUCACUUGGAAUCAGAGUUGGCAUUAAUUAUCGCGGCUACAUCUCUUAUUCCACUGGACUUAUCAUAAAGGAGGAUGGUCGUCACAACACUUCGGGUGGUUUUAAGGUGGUUCGUAUCCCUUUUCUUGACAGCAGGUGUCCUGUUAAAAAGAGAAUGCGUCGCUGGUGGCGGUUCACCGUGUUUGGUGUUCAUAUAUAUUCUUCGGAUACGAACCGAUGGACUGAACACACUGUGGAUUGGUACCCUUUUUGGCUCACCCGUUAUCUGACCAACCUUCCCAUUGUCUCCCACAACGGAAUGCUCCAUUGGCUCAAUGGCCACUCUCUUGUGUCAUGGAAUGCCUUUGACCUUCUUCCAUCCCUUUCGUCGUCUAGCCCUCCUCUCAAGCUUAGCCGCACCAUAAAGUUGCCCGAGAGGAAACUAGUCGCCCCUAGUUGUUUGCCACGGGAUGUCAGAGACGAUGUCACACAAGACUCAUUACUUGGGUUCGGACUGAGUCAAGACUGCCUCCAUGUGAUCAUCGAGCAUCGGGGCAGCGAGCGGGCCCUUCGUGUGUGGCGCCUUGAGGAGGAGAAGAAUGACACACCAAGUUGGCUUUUGGUCCAUAAGGUGGUCGUCUCCGCGGAUCUUCCGAAAGCCGACAUUGGGAGAAAAGGGCUCAAAUUUGGGGCCUGCCACCCCCAUGACAACAACGUCAUCUUCUUUGAGAUGCAUGGUGUUGUCAUUCGGAUGAAUUUGCGCACUCGAGAAGUCGAGCAUUGUUUUGACACCAGCUUUGCGAGGUUAACCGCAACUCCAGUCUUGCUCCAAUUCUUGCCAACGGCCUUGUAAGCACUCAAGACAACAAGUACCAAGUUUGUUUUUUUUCUUUAUUUCAUUAUCUGUUCAUGCUUUCUCUUGUUUUGGUGAUUUAUGUACCCGUUUAAUCUUACGUGUUGCCAGUUUUUCUUUCAAAGUCACACUACUAAAUUUUUGUUGCGUUC